GAGCAUGUCCACGUGAAGACGUUGCGGCAAGACCGGCGAACCUCUCAGUUCUACGACAUCCGAUGGCUCUAUCAGGAUGGGAACGCACCGGGAGAGCAAGCACUGCACACGUGUGGCACACAUCGUGAGGAGUACAUCUCCAAGGAGCCGCCCAACACGUGGCUCCUCUUCUCCGACGACGACGACCUCUGGGGCCCCGAGCGGGUGCGCCUCUAUGGCGCGGUCGUCGACCGACACGGGCGGCAGCCGGGCGUGACGGGCGUCUGUGCCACCCACAAGGUCCGUCCCAAGCAUCGGACGGACGUGGCCACGAGCGCGUCGAUGGUCGAGCAGCAACUGGCCAAAGGUGCCGCCAUGCACUGUGGUGGGGUGCAUCAAGAGGAGGAGCCCGUUCACCCUGAUGCUGGUGGAGGCGUGAAUGGUCUGGAGACCCGGUCGAAGGCGACGCGCCAGGAGUUCUUCGACUUUGCCUGUCCGACGGGAAGCCUGGGCGCGUUCCUGGAGAUCUGCAACGACGAAACCCUGCUACAUCCCUUCUGUGAUCUUCGCUUCACGCGGUUCUUACAGGAAUACUACGAGGGAGGAAAGGUGAUGUAUUUUCCCACGGACCAGACCAAUCCUUGGGUCUACUACUACUCCACGGCCUAUCGCUCGCCGGAGGAUGCUGCCACCUAUGAGCAGUUUGUCAAGCAAGACCAAGCCAGUCGCCUGGACGCAGGUACAGUGGUGAGGAGUCGAAAGGAAGAUCGAAUGCGAGCAGAAGUACCUCGAUGA